ACGUCACUUAUUGCUGAUAGCGCUACAUAGCAAGAAUUAUAACAGCAUUUAUUAUUCAAGUGAAGCCCACCAUUUCGCACGUGUGUUUGUAUUUUGUGCUAAGCUUUGUGUUUCCUUUCUUGGAAAGGAUUAAUAAAGAUGACGAAAAUGAAGAAUUGUUAUAUUUGUUCAGAAAAGAACAUAAAUCCAGACCAUGAACAAACACUGAAACAUCAGAGAAACAAAAUUUUGCACGAGUACUCGUCCAACAAGAAGAAGUUUGUUAAAAAUCGUAACGGUAUUGUCAUAGAAUGCGAUGCAAGAUCUUCUUUUUCAGUACAUCAGAAAUAUUCUGAAGGUAGAAUAACAUUAUCGGCUAAACCUAACGAAAAAGUGGAGUUUAAUUUUACAUUAUUGAAUUACAAUAAGACUGAUGAAUUUCGUGUAGUAUUCAUACAAAUUCUGCAUUCGAAAACGAAUUUCCGAAUAAGUUAUCAUUUAGAUUUACAACAAUUAAAACCAAAUACAGAAAUAAAAAAAGCAGUAUCAGUAAAAUUCGAAACUGCACACAUCGGCCAAUAUGAAGUACCCGUAUUCUUCUCGUUACGUAACUUAAGGACAAAUGUAGUCAGCAUCAUAGUGCGAGAUGUGGCAGUUUAUGUGGAGAACACUCCAACUACCCACGAAAAAGAGAUAAGUCCUUAUACUAAGAAAGAAGUGGUAGCGAAGAAUUUAGUCAAAACUACCUUAAUAAGACACAGCGAUGAUAAGCAUCGAAUUCCGCCAGAAUAUAAAGCAAUAUUCACGAGUGGGUUAAAAGUAAGCGAGACAGCACCAGAGGAAGACAAAGCAAAGGCCAAAAGUGUGAGGGAUGUAUUUGACGUGGGUGUAACAAAAGAAAAUUACAGAAAAUAUUUUCAGUACUUGUUAUGGUACGAGGAAGCUGUUGUGAAAUCUAAUUAUAAGAAUUACAAUAUGUCAGACGUCACUAUGCUGCGAAGCGAAGAUGGUAAUAGAUACUAUCUUUCAGUUCCAGGCCAAAUAGUGAAGCGACCAUCAUUGUUAAUAGGUGAUCUAUUAUUUGUUAAACCUCAAAGUGGCGAUGACUUAAUGUUUGAAGCUGUGGUUACGAUGAUAAAGGAGAACAAUAUAGUGGAAAUAAGUGGUCUUCAUAAAGAUUUUCAGAAAUACUACAAUUUAAAUGCUCAGUUCGACAUUCGCUUUUUUUUAUCGCGUCUCACGCUGGAACGAAUGCAUCAGGCCAUUACGAAUAUUCAAAGAUUGGGACACGAAGGUCGUAUUUUUCCAGAGAAAAAUCUCAAAAUUCCUGUAGUUAGAAAUAUUACUCGGUUCUUCAACCCGCUGGUGAGAGACAAUAGAGAGCAGCGUACGGCAGUAGAGCACAUUGUGUCAGGUACAUCUGGUGCAGCCCCAUAUCUGGUACACGGACCCCCAGGUACCGGGAAAACUGUUACCAUCGUAGAAGCUAUACUUCAGUUGGUGUUGAAUAAUUUCGAGCAUCGUAUUCUAGUAUGCACAGAUGCUAACAGCACGGCUGAUUAUGUUGCGACCAUGUUGAUAAAAUAUGCGAACGAAUUCCCUGAGCUACAAGGAAAAUUUCUUCUUCGUGCGAACUCAAGAUUCAGAACGUGGGACAUACCAGAAGCACUCGAAUUAUAUUCCAAUGGUUUGAGUUACCAUGAGCAUAAACCUGUAUCGAUAUCCAAGUUCAGGUCCUACAGCAUUGUGGUGACAACACUAUCCCAUGCUGCUAAAUUUGUAAAACAACUUAAAAAGAAAGAACCUCACAUUACACAUCUCUUCAUCGAUGAAGCAGCGCAAGCAAGUGAGCCCGCGUGCCUUAUUCCAGCGAGUGGAUUACUUCGUACAAAUGGUUUAUUGGUAUUAGCCGGAGACCCUCUGCAGCUCGGUCCUGUUAUUAUAUCUCAUGACGCCAAGGAAAUUGGACUCGGUUUAUCGCUGAUGGAGCGACUUAAGAGCAAAUUCAGUAUAUACAGCAGUGAGAUAAAUGAUCCAAACUACAUGGUGAUGCUACGUAGUAAUUUCCGUUCCCAUCCAGAUAUAUUGAAAAUACCAAAUGAUCUGUUCUACAGUGGACAACUAAGGACUAUGGCGAAAUUGGAUUAUUUGAACGAGUUGGAUAUCUUAGGCGUGAAAAAACAGAGUCGUGCAAUAGUCUUCCAUAGCGUAAUUUCUAAGGAACAGCGUCUUGGCAAGUCGCCCAGUUUUUUCAACAUGAUGGAGUUAGAGAUAGUUCAAAAUUAUAUAUCGUUUCUGAUAAUUCGGCACAAAGUACCCCAAAAUGAUAUCGGAGUGAUCUCGCCGUAUACAAGACAGGUCCACAAAAUCAGAGACUGGCUUGAAGUUGAAGGCUAUAAUAACAUUGAAGUCGGAACUGUAGAGGCAUUUCAAGGCAAAGAAAAAAGAGUUAUAAUUUUAACAACGGUACGUUCGAAAUGUGACUUUACAAAAAGCGUUGGAAAAUUUAAAAUUGGAUUCCUUAGUGACCCAAAGAGAUUUAACGUAGCACUAACGCGAGCUAAAGCAAAGACUAUUAUUAUUGGUAAUCCCAUGAAUUUGCAGAGGAAUGCGAUGUGGAAUGCUUACAUAGCCACGUGUCGCGAAAUGGGCACAUUUCUAGGACACGAUGCGGAACCAAUAGAUGAGGAUACACAAAGAUCUAUUGUAGAUCAACUCAGUCCUUUAUUAAGUGAACUCGCAGUUUAAUUUUUAUACUUAAUACGUUAUUAUAGUUUACAAAUGUAACUUGUGACAAUAAUUUAAUCUAAGAGUAGUGUUGGUAUAAUCAAAUAGUGACUAAGAAUGACCAAUUUAUAUAAUUGUAGGUUGUAUUUCUAAAUACUACA